ACUCCAAUAUAUUCUAGUGGAUCCACUCAAGAGAUGGUCUAGUAGGGCAAAAUUUCUGCUGCUUGCAUUUGUCUUUGGUCUUUCCGCCCGCUACCCUUCGUUUUUCUUCGAUCAGCGACCUUUGCUCUGUAUUAUUGAAACAUGUCGACUGUGAGACUUCCCACAUCAUGCUUUAUCAGAAGUUCACCCCCUAGCAAAGUUACAAGCCCAAGUAGAUCUUGUGCCUUGAUCAAGAGUUCAUGUUCUUUGGGUUCUGUAAAGAAUGUAUCUAAAGCAUUUGGCUUGAAGUCUUCCUCCUUCAGAGUUUCUGCGAUGGCAAAUGUAUACAGGGUGAAACUAAUUGGACCAAACGGUGAAGAGAAUGAAUUUGAGGCCCCUGAUGAUACUUACAUCCUUGACGCAGCAGAAAAUGCAGGAGUAGACCUGCCGUACUCAUGCAGAGCUGGGGCCUGCUCUACUUGUGCUGGGCAGCUGGUUACUGGAUCCGUGGACCAAUCAGAUGGGUCGUUCCUCAACGAAGAGCAAAUGGAGAAAGGAUAUGUCCUUACCUGUAUCUCAUAUCCAACUUCAGAUUGUGUUAUUCACACCCACAAGGAAGGUGAUCUCUACUGAAUCAUGUGAGCAGCAAACUUGUUUGCUGAUAAGCCAAACAUGAACUUUCAUCAACCUAGACUGGUAGAAUGUUUUAUGCUGGACUUCAUUUUCUUCUAAAUUGCUUAAUCCAAUGUUUGUAUUAGAUUCUGCUCUCGAAUAUGAUAAUCUUUAGUCUCAA